UCUCCAUGGGGAUUUAUGGUUGGUGUCCGUGAAUGCUGUUGCCAUGGAAGCAUGACCGCCCCAACCCACUCCUCUUUGCCCCACCACUGUCCCUCCAUGCACUGAAUAGGGGCGUGUGGAUGGCCUCUCUCCAGGCUCCACUCUCUAUAUCUGUCCCGUGGGAGUAGGGUGCACAGCUCAGAGGAAGAGAGCCGAUCAGAUGGAGAAAAGGAAAAUGGCAGUGGCAUCUUUGUAGGGCGCAGGGUUUUUUGGUUGGAAAGUAAAGGGAGGAAAGGAGAAUAGGGCAAGAGGAGGAAGUACGUUAGAAAGACCAGAGAAGUCAACGAAGGAAGCAACAGUAGGUUUAACGUGUCGCCAUGACAACAGAGGCAGGCUCCGAGACGGAGGUGAAGGAGAACGCGGAGGAAAAGUCAGCUGCCCGGCUCGACCAAUCAAAGAAGGCCACAGAGAAGACCCAGGAAGUGGUAGAGGAGGGUGAGGCGGAGAAGGAGAAAGAGGGCAAAGGAAUUACUCGCUAUUUGCCAACAUGGUUUAAGAAGCAGAAGUCUCAAAGCCAGACCUCCCCAACUAAGGAGGACCCACCCACAGAGGAGCCUGUCAGUAAGGUGAAUCAAGAGGAGGCGCACGUCCCUGAAGUCAACGGUCACGCAGAGGAGGUGGAAGAGAAGGAGCAAGUGAAGGAAAAAGAAUCCGAGUCCCAUUCCAACGCCAGUGCUGACACAGAGCCUGCCGGGGAAGAAAAAGUAGAGGAGAGCGCCCAGAAAAGUCUCGAGAGCACGGAGGAGACUCAAGAAGUAGCUGAGAAGGAGGAAGACAAGAAGGAGGUAGAAAAGGACAGACGCCAAGGCCAAACUUCCAUUUUCCAGUCGCCGCUCCGUUUGGUGAGGAAGAACAAGAUGAAACUGGUGGUGUGCCACGUGACCCUGCUGGAUGGGUCGGACUUCACCUGCGAGGUUGAAAAACGUGCCAAGGGCCUAUUCUUAUUCUUCAAGGUGUGCGAGCAUCUUAAUCUCCUGGAGAAAGACUACUUUGGUCUAACUUACAAGGACCACCAUGAGCAGAAGUGUUGGUUGGAUCCCACCAAGGAAAUCAAAAGGCAAAUUCGCAGUAACAACUGGCAGUUUGCAUUCAACGUCAAGUUUUACCCCCCCGACCCCUCACUGUUGUCUGAAGAUAUCACAAGGUACCUGUUGUGUCUGCAGCUACGUGAAGAUGUGGCGUCAGGUCGACUCCCCUGCUCAUUUGUCACUCACGCUCUGCUGGGCUCCUACACGCUGCAGGCAGAAAUUGGUGACUACGAACCCGACCAACCUCGUCCUCUGGACUACAUCAACCAGCUGACUUUUGCCCCCAAUCAGAGCAAAGAGAUGGAGGAGAAGAUUCUGGAGCUCCACAAAUCCCACAAGGGAAUGACACCAGCACAGGCCGACUGCCAAUUUCUAGAAAAUGCCAAGAAGCUGUCCAUGUACGGGGUGGACCUGCACCACGCUAAGGACUGUGAGGGCGUGGACAUCAUGCUGGGAGUGUGUGCUAAUGGACUCCUGGUCUACAAGGACAGGCUGCGGAUAAAUCGCUUUGCCUGGCCCAAAAUACUCAAGAUCUCCUACAAGAGGAACAACUUUUACAUCAAGAUCAGACCUGGAGAGACGGAGCAGUUUGAGAGCACAGUGGGAUUCAAACUCCAGAAUCAUCGCUCGGCCAAAAGGCUGUGGAAGGUCUGCGUGGAGAAUCACAGUUUCUUCAGACUAAACGCUCCAGAACAACCUCCCAAGGCCCGUUUCCUGACUCUGGGCUCUAAGUUCCGUUACAGCGGACGCACACAGAAUCAAACGCGCAUGGCGAGCACCCUCAUAGACCGCCCGGCGCCCGCUUUUGAACGCACCUCAUCGAAACGCAUCAGCCGUAGUUUAGACGGAGCUCCAAUGAUCAGCAUAACAGAUACCAGCAGGGAAGCUGAGAACGGACACGAGCCUCAUCUGGAGCUCCACUCUGACUCCAAGAGUCCAGGGAGAGUGCGGGGGGAUAAUAUUUAUGUGAGGCACAGUAAAUUGAUGUUAGAGGACCACGAUAAGACCCAAGAUGAGGUACUGAAACACCAGGCUAGCGUUAGUGAGCUAAAGCGCUCCUUUAUGGAGGCGUCGCCCCCCUCCCCUCCUCAGCUCAACCUGUGGGAGAAGCAUCUCACCUCGUCUCCAGCCACAGCGACGCGUGUCCAACAGCAGACAGUGGUCCUUGAGGAGGAGGCCGCCGGCACAGCUGAUAACUGCGAUGCCAAAGAACCCUCCAAGACGACGGAAGUUGAAAUUGAGGAAACAGUUGUCGUCCAAGAGAUUUCCAAAGCGGCCAAACCGGCAGAGGCGCUUCAGACUUGGGAAGGGCAAGUCCAAGGAGGCGCAGGGCUUGAGAAGAAGCGUGAAAGCAUUUCGUCGGAGAGCGAGAGCGAUGAGGAAGCGGAGUAUCAUCCGAAUGUCUCCCUGUCUAUUCGCCACGCUCAAAUACCUGAGGAGAAAGAGGAGGAGGAAGAAGAGCAGGAGCGGAAGGAACUUUCCGCUUCUUCCUCUCCUGUUGAGUUCAAUCAGGCUGCAGCAGCCGUAGAAGAUGAAGGCAAGGAUUGUGCAGAGGAGGAGAAGAAGGAAGUUGGCGCAGAAGAACCAAUGAAGACGCCCGACAAAGCUCCUAAUGGAAUGACGCCGCAUGAAGAGGUGAUGUGUGUUACCACUGAGGAAGAAGAGCUGCCCAAAGUGAACGGGGAAGACUCGGUGGUGGAGGCGCGGUCGCAGGUUAUUUGUUGCUCUGAGCCACCUGUGGUAAAGACAGAAAUGGUGACAAUAUCAGACACGUUUGCGGCGCAGAAAAGCGAGAUAGCCACCAAGGAAGUGCCCAUCGUACAUACGGAAACCAAGACCAUCACAUACGAAGCCGCACAGCUUGAUGGAAGUGGCGACGGUGAGCCCGGAGUGUUGAUGACAGCUCAGACAAUCACCUCAGAGUCUCUGUGCACCACCACCACCACGCACAUUACCAAGACAUUAAAGGGCGGCCUGUCAGAGACGAGGAUUGAGAAGCGCAUCGUCAUCACCGGCGACUGCGACAUCGACCACGACCAGGCUCUGGCCCAGGCCAUUAAGGAGGCCAAAGAGCAACAUCCUGACAUGUCUGUCACCAGAGUGGUGGUUCAUAAAGAAACUGAACUGGCCGAGGAGGACGAUUGACACAACUCAGAGCUGAAGAGCCCAUCCUGAAGGACGACCAUCUCAUCAUCAUCAUGACAAAAGCGAGAGAGAGAGAGAGCGCGCCUCCUCCAAGACAUCGGUCCCUCUAAAACAAAAUCAAAUAAUGACAAUACGCUGAGGGAGCGGGAAAAACACUUCCGUUAGCUAACAUUUAUAGUGUUAUUAAAGUGUUUACCAAAAGAGACAAUACUCAUGUACAAGCUGAAUAAGCAAGAUAAAUGAUUACCAUCAUUGUUCCCACACACUGUCAUAUAGCGCCAUCUUCAGACGCGUUAGUUUGCUCUUAGCAUCUUCCCUCCUUGUGACGAUAUUGCAGUCAAAUGUACAGUACAGUACAGUACUAGCCAAACAACCAUUAUCACUCACUAACGGUACCAACCACUCAUUCCUCAAGCUUCUCUUUUCUUUCUUCUUCUGCUCCUCUUCUACAUUUGUGUGUUCACAGCAUUUCAAACUAGAUUUUUGUACUAAAUGGGCAUGAUUUGACGCUACAAAUUGUAUGUGUAGUUCCUGUUCCUAUGCAGACAGGCAAGGGAGCACAUUUUUAUUUAGGAGAGUUAAAUGUUUGCGAGGUGGCUUUUUCUCACUGUUUGAACCCUCCCGGUGGUUUUACACAGACAACCUGAAGUUGAUAUGAAAAGACAACAUGGAGGUGAGGUGAAUGUGACAGGAUGCGUAGAGAACACAAUGGCUAAUUUUGUUUUCUUAUUGAGUGAAUGUUUAAUUUCUUAAAUAUUCCACGCCACUAAAGUACAGCUGAUAAGUGACAUGUCACGGUGCUUAGGUGACACUUAUGACGGAGACUACCUUUGAACUUUUUCUCUGGGAGUUUUGUGCUCUUCUUUCUCUCCCGUCUUUUCUCUCAUUUAAAAAUGAAAAUAUUGGCAAGUACCUUACAGUGGACAGUCGGUUCAUAUUUGCAUUUGAACAUUGAUCGGGGGAAAUUCUGGUCUUUCUGGUGGAAAUUAUUGGAAGGUGGAAACAUUUUCUAGGGCUGUCCCGAUCCAUUAUUGAAAUUGAAUAUCGCUGAGGUAUCAGCAAAAAACAAGUAUGGGAAUAUAUGCGCUUGCAUAACUGUGUGGUACAAUCUUUGAUACAAGCAGUCCUGCAGCGUGUUUACUUGUUUACAGUUAACAUCUAAAUGUCCUACAAUAAGCACACAAGGUUGUUCUUUUCUUGUAUUUUAGUCAAGUCAUUUACAAAAGGUAAACAUGGUAGGCUACAGGCUGCUAGGACCUAGCAGCUACACAACAGCUAAGCACACAAUACCACACAAGCUAGACAUAUGUAAUAAGUGUCCUUAAUUGAACAAUAUUGCAGUCUAAAAGAGCACAUUUAUCAAUAUAAACAAGUAUCAAAUAAUUGUACUUACAUAUUACUUACACAGACGUGUAUUAGAAAGUAUCCAGUAACAAACAUGUCUGCAUCAUUCAGCUUACUGCGUCAGGAGCUUCAUUUAAUGAAUUACUGUGACCACUGGGUGUCAAAAUAUCACUCCACUUCAACUUAGAGAAAGCAUACAUCCAUUUCAGAUGGUCAAUAUUAAAUAUAUUAGUGUUUUUCAUACCUACCAUUCAUUGUUCUUUGACUAAUUUCACUUUAGCCAACAUUUUUUUUAACAUUUCACAGUACAAAAUAAUUAAAGUAUGUUGGUAUCGUAUCGUAUCGUAUCGUAUCGUAUCGAAUCAAUCUGCCAAUACUCAAGGCUCCAAUAUCAGUAUCGGAACUGAAAACGUUGUACUGGGAAACCCUUAGAAUUGUCCCUUGCUUUCCAGAAAAUAUCUCUUUGAAAUGCAAAUAUUGUCAGGUAUGAGAAGACACCAGUUGACAGUUGAAACAUGUCAAGGUAAAACUAUUUAGUAUACUGAACGUAAAAACGGAAAACAAGAAACUAAACAUGUAUAGAUCACAUGAUCACCACUGGUACCGUUUGUCUAGACUAAAGUCAUAUUUUGUGCUUAGCUAAAUGAAAGUUUUGCAAUUGUGAUGUCAUUUAAAAAAAAAAAAUCAGCCUGUUUUAGGUUUGACGGUGCUGCUUUUUACACACAACAAGGGGCAGUGAACGCAGCAUUGAAAGGGUGAAAGAUGCACAUAAUCGUGAUUAGCACUAAGAUAAAUAUGAACAUUUUAAAAAACUACAUAACAUUCCGUGUCUAUAGAUUGAGCCACACUGUCCUGUUUUGACUGGAGUAAAAACAUUUGAAUUUGAUUUGUUUGAGUACACUUUUAAAUAUAAUUUUUUGAACCCCAAGUGUUAUUCUUAUUGUUUCUGUAUUCAACAUUUGCAUUGCAAUGACAUUCCAGUUUGAUCUUCUGGCAAAGAAGAUUUUAAAAUAAAUAAGAAAACAUGUUGCAUAAUACGUCACAUGCUGUAGAGGUAUUUUGCCCAGUCUAUUCUUCUGUAAAACUUAACAUUUUCUCUUUGAUGUUUGUUUUUUAAUGAACACCAUUCACUAGCUUCUUGUAGCUGUCUUUUUAGAAAUUAGGAGUAGUGGGACUGCCUAUCUAAAGCUUUCCUGGUGGUCCUGGUAAAUGUACGUGUGAAUUUACCAGGAUUUCUCAAAUCAAGGCAGCUCUGCAAAGUCACAAAUGCUGCCUUUAAAAAAAAAAAAUCAUCUGUAAAAUGCAAUUUGUUGUCAACAAUCAAAACCAGCUUGCAGCAUCGUUUUGUAUUUUCCCACUCACACUUGCAAGAAAACAUGAGAAUGUUCUGAAAGUCCACCAGCUGCCCCACUGCUCCACAGUAGCCCACCUGUGUCCACACUAGGUUUCUUUCUAGACAUUUAAUUGUCCUGUAUUACACAAAGCAACUCUUUCCCUGUGUAACACUUUCAAUAAAGGAUUUUA